AUGGAUGAUGAGCUCAACUGCCUGAAUAAAGAUUGGCUUGAUGAAUGGAAAGAAGUUUCUAUACUUAGAGAAGCCACUGCAGCAACGACCAGGCAGGAAUCAGAAAUUCCAGUUCUAGAUCAUGACACCGCACUGCACAUAGCAGACCUGGCUGGAAAAGAUAGCACUGUUGCAAUUGCAGCAAUUGAUGACCCGAUGUAUGACUUCUACUUAAUGAAAGUUACUUCUGAUGGUGUAGAACAACUGAGUGAGAACUUCACGGAUGAUUAUCAGUGUCAUUACUACCAAGGAAUGGAGAUCUUAAAGGGACACUUCUACUUACGGGAUAACAUACAUGAUAUGACUUAUACUUUAGACAAAAAGAGGGUUGCAGCAGUGUUUGCAGCCACUGCGAGACACAUCUGCAGUGAUCUUGCAGUUAAAAAACGAAACAAGAAGUGCAUUUAUAAGCUCUCGCUUAUGUAG